UUGCGUGCUAUAACCGUUCAUUUGCCUCUACCCCGAAGCUCAAUGCAACCCUACUCUAAUAAUAUGACCUCGGAAUAAGCAAUUUGCGCCACUGAUUAUGAUUUCUCCACUUCGUAUGAUCCCAGGCAAAGAAAGCCAGUUCGCUGAGAGCGCGCGCAAUAUAAGUACUGGUUAGUCCUCCAAGAAUCCACCAUACCAGUCCAACUCCUCUACCAUCGAUUCUAGUCAUCCGCGAUAGCAGCUUUUGACAAUGUCUGACCACGGCGACCUCACUCACCAAGCCAUCAGCUCCUAUUUCAUAGGCCCUCAGGCCGAGAAUAUGAAGUACUUCAAGGACAACAUAUCCACAAUCCUGCGAGAGCUAGAAGAUGCCCGCAAGAGAUACAAAUUCAAAGGCGACCAGAAUUUCAUCACAUCCAGCAUCCAGAGCUCCGAAGAAUUCCAGCGCAUUACACGGAACUUCGCGCAAGCCGUGAAAAAGGCUGCCAAAUUGAUGGGCUCCCACUCGAUUCCGUUCUGGAAUCCUCGUUACCAGGCUCACAUGUGCACUGACUUGAGCAUGCCGGCGCUUCUGGGUUACUUCAUGACCAUGGUUUAUAACCCUAAUAAUGUUGCGCUGGAGGCUAGUCCUCUCACCACGGUGGCGGAAAUGGAGGUCGGGGAGCAGCUGUGCCAUCUGUUUGGGUAUAAUAUUGAUCCUUCGAGGAAAGGUGUACCCACUGGCUGGGGCCAUGUCACUUCUGGUGGAACUGUGGCCAACCUGGAGUCCAUUUGGGUGGCUAGGAAUCUGAAGUUUUAUCCGUUGGCUCUUCGCAAAGCUAUGAGUGAGACUGUUGCUGUGAAUGGACGGGAGAAGAGAGGACCGUUGAAUUUCGUGGCUGACAGAUUCAUGGUAACCACUUGUAAAGGUGAAAGGAAGCUGUUUACGGAUCUGUCGACGUGGGAACUGCUCAAUCUGAGACCAAAGACGGUGCUAGAUCUGCCACAGGAAUUGCAUGAACAGUUCGGCAUCUCACCCAAGUUUGUGGAAUCCGCCUUGCAGAAUUUCAACAUACAGUCAACGGGCAAAAACGCUCUGGAGAGAGAUUUCCCGGUCAAGCGACCAAUCAAGUAUUUCCUUUCGAAUACCAGGCACUACUCUUGGCCCAAGGGCGGAGCAAUAACUGGCCUUGGGUCGGAUGCGUUUGAGGGCAUUGAGGUUGAUGAUGCUGCGCGUAUUAACCUCCACGUGCUUCAAGAACGCCUGCAGCAGUGCCUUGACGAGGGCCAGGCGGUUUAUGCUGUUGUAGCUAUCAUUGGCUCAACUGAAGAAGGGGCUGUUGAUCGGUUAAGUGCCAUUCUAGCCAUGCGUCAGCGCUUCCAGUCAAAAGGGCUGUCAUUCCUCGUCCAUGCUGACGCUGCGUGGGGAGGCUACUUUGCCACAAUGCUUCCACGGAACCUGUAUGACAUGCCACGGGGACCAAGCGUGAGCAACCCGGAGGAUAGCUUUGAUGGUGGCGCAGAGGGCUUUGUUCCAGACCUGAGCUUGAAGUUGGAAACUCAAGAAGACCUUCUCGCACUGAAAUACGCGGAUUCCAUCACUGUAGACCCGCAUAAGGCAGGUUAUAUCCCAUACCCCGGUGGGAGCUUAGUGUACCGCGAUGGAAGAAUGAGAUAUCUCGUCACUUGGACCGCUCCGGUGCUCUCUCAAGGCUCCGAGACUGGAAUGGGGAUUUAUGGUGUCGAGGGCAGUAAACCUGGUGCUGCAGCCAUGUCAACCUGGCUCUCCAACAAGUGUAUCGGGCUCAAUCCCCAAGGAUACGGUGCUCUGCUCAGUGAAGUAUCCUUCACUUGUACUAGGCUCUCAGCUCACUGGGCCGCCAUGACCACGAAAGACGAUGACUACUUCAUGUGCGUUCCGUUUCACAAGCUCCCCUCAGAAUGGAAGGACCCCUUCAACGAGCAGGCGAUAGAAGAGGAAAAGGAACGAAUCCGUCGGGAAAUCCUCUCAAAAAGUAAUCGCGAAAUUGUUGAGAGCGAUGUAGGCAAACCAACGGAGGAAAAGCUCAUGACACUUCUCCGAGGCCUCGGUUCAGACCUGAAUAUCAACGCCUUUGCACUUAACUGGCGGUAUGAUGACAAGGACAGAACCUGGAACACUGACAUAGAAGAAGCCAACUAUCUCACAAGACAUGUCGUUGAGCGCCUCUCUAUCUGUUCACCAGACCAGGACCCCACCAAGAUCCCGUUUUAUUUGACGUCGACUGAGUUCACCAACGAGCUAUAUGGCAAGUGUGCCAAGGAGUUUAAAAGAAGACUCGGUCUUCCACAGUGUGAUCGGCCGCUUUUUGUACUAAGAAACGUUGUCAUGAGCCCGUUCCCCACAGACAACGAUUUUAUUAGUACGAUGGUGGACUACUUCCGCUCAGUAAUUGAGGAUGGAGUCAGACUCUGCCGCAAGCGUAAUGCAAGAGGCCCGGACAUCCACCGAUUUGUGAUGCAGGGAACGGACGAGAUUUUCUUGGCUUAUCAACCAUCAUUCCACUUGGGCAAGCACCGACAACAAAUCAUUCUGGCCGUGGAGCUUGAAGACCACGCAAAGUCAGACUAUGCUGAGAUCCGGGAGUCCAAUCCUGAAGAUCCUAUCUUCCUCAAAUCAUCCGUAGAGAUCGAUCUCCAGCAGGUGGUGAGUGAAUGCGAGCGAGGCAACCCUGUGAGCUUCAAAGGGACCAUAUAUACACACCAUGGUGGUCCGGUCCACACUUCCACUCCCGUGACAUUGAAGCGUGUGGUCAAGAGCCGCCCUCUCAACUCCGCCAACAGAGAAGCAAAUUAUCCCCAAGAUUACAUGCCGUUCUACCUCUACGGCUCAGGGAAGCAAUGGCACAUCUCACACAUGCUCCUGCAAGCACCCAAUGCUACAUUCUCAGCCGGCAAUGUGAAAUUGGAUGAUAAGCUAGCCUCUUCGCUCGACCAGGGCCAUGCCGAGGAAGGCGCUAUUCUAGCGUUGACAGAGGUUCCUGAAGCUUCCAUGCAGCCCUUCCCAACGUCCAAAAGUGAGCUGCCAGCAUGUUUCUUCUUCCAGCCCCACAAGAAAUACAAGGUCAAGGUGUGGGGCGAUUCGAAGACUGCAUCGGCCGCUGGUCCCGGGUUAUUGGAAGGCCUCGGAGAGCCAGUUGAGGGAACUAUUACCCUGUCCAAGGAAAUACAUAUUGACCUGGAAUGGAUCAAUAAGGAUCCAUUCGAGCACGAGGAUAGGGUUGGUAAGUGGCGGGAUGAGUUCAGUCAGAUCGGCAAAAAGCUGGAGAAACGAGCUUGA